AUGGGCAUAGAAACAUCUCCACCCGAUGUCGAAGAAUCGACGGAACCUCCUAUAUGUCCUUAUCAGAAGGAACCUAGUUUACAUCCCAGUAUCCAUCCAAGUGAUGUGAAAAUAGACUAUGAUCCUGAGAAGAGGACAUGGCAUAAAGACCCAGAAUUAUUUGGACCCUCGCCAACCGACAUUCGCCGCCAAGAAGACCUUCGAGCCUUGUUGCAGUAUGCCCACACUAUCGACUCCGGGCAACUGGCUGUCCUCCUUGACGUCAACUCUCGUUAUGGCCUUUCGAGCACAGACUCGGCCGCUCGCCUGCAGCGAGACGGUCCGAACAGGGUCCGUGAAAUGGAGAGUCUAUCAAUCUGGAAAAUACUGCUGAGGCAAGUUUCUAAUAGUUUGACCCUAGUUCUCCUGAUCACUAUGGCGAUAUCCUUCGCUAUCGAUGACUACAUUGAAGGGGGAGUGAUAACCGCAGUUAUCCUCCUUAAUAUCGUUGUCGGAUUCGCCCAGGAUUACCGCGCCGAAAAAACUAUCAUGUCGCUGCACAGGCUAUCCGCACCUGUAUGCAAAGUCCUGCGUGAUGGUCAGGUGGCGUCUGCAAAGGCCGAAUCUUUGGUAGUGGGAGAUAUUGUGCAACUAGCGGUUGGCGAUAUCGUUCCCGCAGACCUGAGGCUAAUGGAUGGGAUGAAUAUCUCGAUGGAUGAGGCCUUGUUGACUGGUGAAUCUUUACCAGUGAUGAAGAAACCGCAUGUCACCCUCACCUCGCGCGAUGUACCGCUUGGCGACAGAACAAACAUGGCAUAUUCCGGAUGCAGCACCACACAGGGUCGAGCAAUAGGAAUUGUUACCGCUACGGGGAUGAUGACGGAAGUCGGAAAGAUAGCUCAGCUACUCCAAGACAAGAAAGAAGAAGGCAGUUCCGAUUUCUUUCUUCGGAUAUUGCAGCAUUUGAAGUCCGUGACAAAAAAUGUUCUAGGGCUCGUCGGGACGCCUUUACAGGUGAAGUUGAGCAAAUUUGCCUUGCUUUUGUUCGGCCUUGCGGUGCUCCUUGCUAUCAUUGUCUUCUCGGUCAAUAAAUUCGACGUCCAAGGAGAAGUUCUAAUCUACGGAAUAUGUGUUGCCGUAGCUGUCGUACCUGAGUCUUUGGUUGCUGUUCUCACUAUUACCGUGGCGGUGGGUACAAAGGCAAUGGCCAAAGGAAAUGUUAUUGUGCGAAAAUUGCAAUGCCUUGAGGCUGUUGGUGGGGUGACCAAUAUCUGUUCCGAUAAAACCGGCACCCUCACACAGGGCAAAAUGAUUGCACGAACGGCCUGGAUCCCAGGCGUUGGCACCCUUACCGUUAGCCAAACCACUAACCCAUACGACCCGACGAGCGGGACUGUGCAGAUGGACGGGGUUGACUGGAAGCCCGAUGGAUUCCAAGGGAACCAAGGACUCAGUACCUUUCUGACUGCCAUUUCACUAUGCAAUCUCUCAACUGUACAGAACGCCGGGCAGCCUGAAUCCUCAGAGAGCGAGCCCGGAGGUGGCACACAAAAAAGGUGGAGUGCGGUCGGAGAGCCUACUGAAAUCGCCCUCCACGUCCUUGCUUUGCGGUUUGGUCUCGGAAGGUCUAAUAUCCUGCAGAACAAUAAACUACAGCUUCAUACCGAGUAUCCAUUUGAUUCCUCCAUCAAGCGGAUGGCGGUAGUCUAUCGUAAUCAGGAAAUGCUUGUGAACGAGGUAUAUACGAAAGGGGCCCCAGAGACAAUUAUUCCUAGAUUAAAUGGCCGUGAGAUGGAGAAGUCUUCUAUUCAAGAGAUUGCAGACAGAAUGGCCGGGGAGGGGCUACGCGUUCUUUGUGUCGCUUACAAACGAGUUUCAAUCGAUGAUGACUCUCAAGUGUCUUCGCGUAGCACGGCCGAAUCAAGUCUAACCUUUGGUGGCCUCGUGGGGUUAUAUGAUCCCCCUCGUCUGGAAACUGCUGCAGCAGUGCGGAGAUGCCAAAUGGCAGGCAUCGACGUACACAUGCUGACUGGAGACCAUAUUCGGACUGCGACAGCUAUCGCAUCGGAAGUUGGAAUAUUGGACCCUAUUAUCAGCGCGAAGUCGAGUCGAUUAGUGAUGGCAGCAGAGGACUUCGACCGACUGUCCGAUGCGGAGAUAGAUAGUAUCGAGCAGUUGCCACUCGUCAUCGCACGAUGUAGUCCUACUACCAAGGUCCGAAUGGUCGAGGCAAUGCAUCGACGUAGUGCCUUUUGCGUUAUGACCGGUGAUGGGGUUAAUGACUCGCCGGCUCUCAGGCGCGCCGAUGUGGGCAUAGCAAUGGGAAUGAAUGGCAGUGACGUGGCCAAAGAGGCUGCUGAUAUGGUCUUGACCGAUGAUAAUUUCUCCUCAAUCGUUAAGGCCGUCGAAGAGGGAAGACGACUAUUCGACAAUAUUCAGAAGUUUCUGAUGCACCUUCUCAUAUCUAACAUUGCACAGGUGGUUCUCCUCCUCGUCGCUCUCGCAUUUAAAGACGCGGAGAAGAAUUCGAUAUUUCCCCUCUCUCCACUAGAAAUCCUCUGGGCUAAUUUAAUAACCUCAUCCUUUCUCGCCAUAGGUCUCGGGCUAGAGGAGGCCCAGCCCGACAUCAUGUAUCGGGCCCCGCAUGAUCUGAAGGUCGGCGUAUUCACCCGAGAACUCAUUAUUGACAAAAUGAUCUACGGAACCUUCAUGGGCUCGCUUUGUCUGGUAGCAUUCGUGUGUGUUAUCUACGGGAAGGGCUCUGGGACCCCAUCCAUGGGGCACGACUGCAACGAAGGAUGGAAUGAAAGCUGCAGGAUCGUCUUUCGAGCCCGAGCGGCAACCUACGCAACUUUAACUUUCCUCUUACUUGUCACCGCAUGGGAAGUGAAACACUUUUCGCGGUCUUUGUUUAGCUUAGAUCCGGCCAGGUAUCCUGGCAAGCUGUCCGUGUUCCAUUCUGUCUGGCGAAAUCGGUUCUUAUUCUGGGCGGUGGUCGCUGGAUUUGUGAUAGCUUUCCCGGUAAUCUACCUGCCGGCAGUGAAUCGGACAGUCUUCAAGCAUCAGGCGAUUGACUGGGAAUGGGGUGUUGUAUUUGGGUGUGUCGUUGUGUACCUGGCUCUGGUGGAGAGCUGGAAGGCGACGAAGCGAGCCUUCGGUAUUGGCAGUGGGAAGAAUGCCACGCUGACCAUGGAAGAUGCGGAGAUGAGAGCCGGGCUGGUAUCACCGGUCCUGACUCUUAGUGCCAAUGCAAGUGUUGAAGCCAGUGUAGAGAUGAAGUAG